AUGGUGUCUUUCGACUAUAAAACGGCAGUUACGACACUUCAUGAGUUACGCAAGAGUGGUGAAAGAAAGUCUGAUCUAGUUGUUUUUUUAGGUGAAAAGCUGAUUAACCGAGGUUAUACGGGCAAACUUGGCGAUGAAGAAAACUUAAAUAAAAGAUUCCCGGGAUCGCCUCGCGUAAAGAUAUUGGAAGGAAUGAAAUUAGAAGCUGAUGAUAAAUUGGAUGCCGCUUUAGCUUUAUAUGAAGAAAUUCUACAAGAAGAUGAAGCAAAUAUAGCAGCAUCAAAACGCAGAAUUGCGGUAUAUAAAGCCAAGGGACAGGAUGGUCAAGCAAUUGAUGCAUUAACGCGACACCUUGAUACGGUUUAUAAUGACGCGGAGGCAUGGCUUGAAUUAUCAGCCUUGUAUUUGAAUUAUCAUUUUGAAAAUAUCCCUGUUGCCUUAAAACAAUUUUGUCGUGUUUUGGAAUUAUGCGAAGAUAAUAUCAGGGCAUUAUGUGGAAUUAAAUUGUGCACGUCUCGUCUACUAAAUUUGUCAAACAUUUCGUCUGCGUCAACUUCGAAUUCCCUUCAUGAUAUGAAGACGAUUUCUGAUUUGAAUGCUUUAGCGGUGGAACGUCUAUCUGCUAUGUAUUCAAAGAAUCAACAUGGUAGAAAAACUGCGAUUGAAAUAAAAAAUGUCGUGAUCGAUUGGUUGAGCCAAUCUUAA